AUGCCUUUGGGAGAUGGCACUCUGUCUGACAAUGGCAUUGCGACCACUAAUGUCGCUCUUGCCGACGAGGUCGAAGCCUUAAAUUCCAUUUACGGCUCGGAUACUAUCACCCUCCAAGAAUCCGGGGAACCUUCUUCAGUCACGGGGGUCCUGCGCCUUCCAGGGUCUGAAAUAUCCCUGCUCAUCUCCUUCCCUGCCGAAUACCCUGAUGCGCCUCCGGAGAUAUCAAAGACACAGUCGACGGGAGACAGCGGGCGAAAAGGCGAGGGCGAGGUCGCCGUCCACAUUCUCCGCGACGUGCUCGCUCGAGUGUGGACUGAGGGUCAGGUGUGUCUGUUCGAUUUGGCCGAGGAAGCAGGUCCACUGCUACAGACGCAGCAACAUGAGGAUGAGCACGGUGAUGUUGCGCCGACUCCGGGUGUCGUCGAGCAAAGCACUACGAAGUCGCAUAGGUCUGCUGCCUCAUCCUUGCACACGCACCACCACCAUCAUCAGCCACCGGUCCCCCGCGAUGGCCACGCCCUCCUCCCUUUCGAGCAUGGCUCUGGCUCUGGCUCUGGCUCUGAACCCUCCUCCACGAUGAACAUGCCCUCUAACGCCGCCGUAGCCUCCUCCAUCGACACGUCCACGUAUCCUCCUCCGAACUGGUCCCUUUCCGAGGCCCUCACGGUCAACAGAUCCACCUUUGUGGCGCGGGCGUGUCCCGUGCGCUCGCUGGACGAGGCGCAGGCCUCCCUCUCGCACCUCCUCGCCUCUAACAAGAAAGUCGCCAGCGCGACGCACAACAUCAGCGCCUGGCGCAUCCAGUCGACCAACCCGCAGACGGGCGCGGUGAUUACGGUCCAGGACUCGGACGAUGACGGCGAGACCGCCGCGGGGGGUCGCCUCCUGCAUCUGAUGCAGCUCAUGGACGUGUGGAACUGCAUGGUCGUGGUGACCCGGUGGUAUGGCGGGGUUAAGCUCGGACCAGACCGGUUUCGCCUCAUCAAUCAGGUUGCGAGGGAGAGUUUGGUCAAGGGCGGGUUGGUGAAGGAGCAUGGAGGAGAGGAUAAGGAGUCGGGCAAGGGAAAAGGAGGGGGCAAGGGGAAGGGAAAGAGGUGA